AUUUAAUUAUUGUUAAAAGAAAAACAAUCAACUGCUUGAAGCCAGCAUUUGGCUUUUUCUUUGUAUAUUCACCACUAUCAUCCAUCCAGCACGGAUACAUCAAGUUUCUGCGUGAUGGUUCAUAUUUGAGUCGAGUUACCAUUUGAUGCCUGCCCUGUUACAACUAGCUGUUGAAAAUUCAAGAGUUGCGAAAGGACCGGGGGGUCAAAAACACAACCUCACUAUUUCCUGUUGAAAGUGAUUGGAGGGGGCAAUAGCACACUCACCUUACAGGUGAGUUUGCAUGACAAAAUCCUUCAUGGUACACCUGCGAGCACUGAGCACAACCUUCCAGCCAGAUUCUACCCUGCUAAGCAAUAUGGUUGUAUGUUUGCCACUGUUGGUACUUUGCUGGACAUUUAGGCUUACCUGCAGCAUGACCUCGCCUGCAUGGUUCCAGAACAUUUCCACUAGCCUUUUCAAUUUAUCUGGUGAUAUUAUGUUAGGUGGGCUCUUUGCCAUCAACCAGAUGACCGGCAACCUCAGCCAGAGGACUGAGCCAAAUGACAUGAACUGUGAAAGUUUGAAUGAGCUCGAACUUGGACUUGCAGUGGUGAUGAAGUUUGCUGUGGAUGAAGUCAAUGCGAACCAAGCGCUGCUCCCCGGCAUCAAGCUGGGUUAUGAAAUCCAUGACACGUGCAAACAAACUGCUGUGGUUGUGAAGCCAACUAUCUCUUUCUUGUCUGCAAAAAACAGCAGAGAGCUAUCCGUGCAGUGCAACUACACUGACUACGAGACAAGCAUGGUGGCCGUGAUUGGUCCCUUCGACUCUGAAAUGGUGUCGGUCAUUGGGAAAGUUCUGGGAUUCUUUUUAAUGCCGCAGAUCAGCUUUGGCGCCACCAGCAACAAAUUCAGCAACAAGCGUGUCUACCCGUCGUUCUUCCGCACGGUACCCAGUGACACAUUGCAAAUUAAUGCCAUGGUGCUUCUGCUGAAAGAGUUUGAGUGGAACUGGGUGGCGGUGGUGGCCAGUGAUGAAGAGUUCGGUCAACAAGGUGCACAGGAGUUUGCCAAGAAAGCCGAGACCACGUCAAUGUGCGUUGCCUACCAGGGCAUGAUUCCGGUCUAUACCGACCCUAUAGAAACGGUUAAAAAUAUUGUCGACAACAUCCAAGCCACCAAAGUCAAAGUGGUGUUGGUCUUUUCUCUUCCGGAUCCAGCUGUGGUCUUCUUUAAAGAGGUUAUCAACAGAAAAAUACAGGGUGUGUGGAUCGCCAGUGGAAGUUGGGUUGUUGACUAUCGUCUGACGUCCAUCCCCAAUAUACAAACUAUCGGUACGAUCAUCGGCUUCACCUACAAAACAAAGACCCUUGAUUUGCUCCCAGCCUACACAGAGGUUCUCUUUACAAAACUGAGUGAGCAGAAGAAUACUUCCUAUGAUACAUCAAAGGUCCAGAAUCCUUGUCCACAAUGUUGGAACUUGUCACCUGCCAACAUGAGCUUAGUCAUGGAUCCAGCAGUAAGGAGAGUAUCUUUUAGUGUGUAUGCUGCCAUCUACAGUGUGGCUCAGUCAUUGCAUAAAAUGCUUGGAUGCAAUUCUACUACUUGCAAAUGGGAUUCAGAGACCAGAAUUCUUCCUUGGAAGUUGUUACAAGUGUUACAGAACACAUCUUUUAACAUAAAUGGCAAACACUUGGUGUUUGACAGUAGCGGAAACCCCAACAUAGGUUACAGUGUGAUCCAGUGGGUUUGGACCGACUCACAUUUAGGGUUUCUGGUUGUCGGAAGCUUUGAUGAAGAGCUCAACAUCAACAAGUCUCUUUUUGUAUGGCACACUGAAAAUUCACUGGUACCUAAAUCUACCUGUUCAGCGGCAUGUGGGAUCGGUCAAGUUCGCCGAGUCAAAGGCUUUCAUUCGUGUUGUUUCGAUUGUGUUGACUGCCUGCCAGGCACUUAUCAAGCCAAAAAUGAAGACAUCCAGUGUACCCCAUGCCCAAGGGGCCAAUGGUCGCAGUCUCUAAGCACUAACUGCAGUGAACCCACCUUUGAAGUCUUAUCCUGGGACACACCUGAAGCACUUUAUCUGGCCUUAGGCGGGGCACUGCUGCUGCUGUGUCAGGUCGGUGUGGCCGUCAUAUUCCUGCUGCACUGGCGGACCCCCAUGGUGGCGGCCUCUGGCGGACCCUUGACCUUUGUGGUGCUUUUCAGCCUGAUGGGAGCCUGCCUUAGUCUAGCGCUCUUCCUGGGGCAGCCAGGGGAUUCACUGUGUCGCCUUCAGCUGCCUCUCAUCUCUAUUUUACAAACCAUUGCCCUCUCUGUUAUCACAUCCAUUUCCCUGCAGAUAUUACUAAUAACAGAAUUCCACAGCAAGGCCACCCGUCACCUACAGACACUUCGAGGUCCUGCUUGCUGGCUGUUUUUGAUCAUCUGCUGCGCCUUUCAGGCCGGUUUCUGCGGGUGGUACAUCCAAGAGGGGCCGUCUUUGUCGGAACACAUAGCUAAUAUGGAGAUAGACUUCCUGAGGGCCUUUUUGUCAUGUCCUGUCAUACCGAUGGUCGGACUGGCCUUGAUGCAAGGCCUCAACAUUUUAAUGGCCCUUAUGUCAUUCAUGUGCACUUUCAUGGCGACAAAACCUCCGCAUCAGUACUACCUUGCCAGGGACAUCACCUUUUCUGUGUUAAUAUACUGCAUUAUUUGGGUGAUCUUUAUUCCCAUCUACAUGGGUCUGACUGAAAGAAACAGGUACACAAUUUUGAUUUCCUUCAAUAUGGUUAGUAACUUUGGACUAUUUGCAGCUUACUAUUUCCCAAAAUGUUACCUACUAUUGAGGAAACCUGAGCUCAACACCUCGGAGUACUUUUGUACCUUUUUGGAAGGUGCAAUGCCAGCUAGUGUGGAGCCGCAGAAUGGCAGUGGGCAAGACCAAUAACAACCUACAAUUACACUGUAUACUACGUGUGCCAGAUUCUAUCUUUAUGUGGUAGAUUAGAUCAAGGGAAUUAAAUAAGGACAUGCAUGUUAAUAUUGCUGUUAUGUCGUGUGGCUAGGCUACUUUUUCAAUAUGGCCAGCUGGAAAUGUAUCAUGCAAUGGUCACAUACAAUACAACAUUGUAUACAUUUUAUGCACUGUAUUCACAGCCAGUUGGUAAAAACAACAUUAUUAUUACAUUUCCAAAAGUAACAUAAUGUUUAGAAGUUAUGUUUUUUCAUGCACGCAUUACUUAUUAUAUAAUAUUCAUUGCAGGUAAGCUACAUGGAAUCAGCU